CAUUCACUGACUGAUACCGUAUGUAGAUUGACUCUUACAAUACACUAUUGCAACCAAUGUCCGAAUGCGAACAGGUUCACGGGCCAGACCAGAGAGCAGACCUGGAACGAAACCCACAUCUGGGCUGAGAAAGGAAAAAAUUUGUUAUCGACGACAUGUGGACAAAGUGCGCGGUUUAAUCACUAUGCGAGGUAUAACAAAACCUGAUAUCCGCCGACUCGCCAGACGAGGCGGUGUAAAACGCAUCAGUGGGCUCAUAUACGACGAGAUGCGACAGCAACUGAAAUUGUAUCUGGCCAACCUGGUGAGGCUUGCCUUGACAUACUGUCAACACCGCCGGCAAAAAACAGUCACGGCUAUGGAUGUUGUAUAUGCCGUGCGCCUCUUCGGCGAACGGCUGUAUGGCUUCGGAAGUUGA